AUGCCGACGAAGGUCCUAUGCGUGGCUGAGAAGCCCUCGAUCGCAAAGGCAGUCGCCAAUCAUCUGGCUGGCGGCGGGCGAGCACAACCUCGAAACAUCAACGGCAACGUCUAUAUCAAGAACUACGAGUUUCAGUACAACUUCCCUCAAUGGGGUCUCUGCGAUGUCACCAUGACCUCGGUCACUGGACAUAUGAUGGAGCAAGACUUCGACAGCCAACACCGUGGAUGGUACUCUUGCGAUCCUUCUGCCCUGUUCGAGGCGCGCAUCGAGACCUCGGUCAAAGAUCAAAGUAAGGCCAUCGCGAAGAACAUCGAGGCUCGAGCGCGAUAUGCUCACUAUCUCUACAUCUGGACCGACUGCGAUAGAGAAGGCGAGAACAUCGGCGUCGAGAUCCGAGAAGCUGCAGCCAAGAUCAAGCCUGAUCUCAAGCAGCCAGGUCGCACAGUGCGUGCUCGCUUCUCCAACAUUGAGCGAGCACAUGUGAUCAAUGCCGCUCGGAAUCCUGUGCCUUUAGAUGAAGCACAAGCCAAUGCCGUCUUCGCGAGAAUGGAGAUCGAUCUUCGGAUCGGAGCCUGCUUCACUCGCAACCUGAGCUUCACAGUACAGCCUGUCAUUGAAAAGCGCGAGACCAUUAGCUACGGCAGCUGCCAGUUCCCGACGCUCGGCUUCGUGGUGGAAAGGUACCUGCGGGUUCGCAACUUCGUGCCAGAGACGUUCUGGGGUAUCAAGGUGAUGCACGAGAAGGAGGGUAUCAAGGUCAACUUCAAGUGGUCGCGCAACCACCUCUUCGAUCGCAUGGUUGUGGUCAUUCUCUUCGAAAGGUGCUUGGCAGUACGCACGGCUAGAGUCACAAAGGUGCAAACGAAGCCAACCAGCAAGUGGAAGCCACUGCCUUUGACGACGGUCGAGCUGCAGAAGUGUGGCAGUAGGUUCUUGCGGAUGGACAGUCAAACGAUCAUGAACGUCGCCGAGAAGCUGUAUCAGAGUGGUUGGAUCAGCUAUCCUAGGACCGAGACGGAUCAAUACGACCGUGGCAUGGACCUGCAAGCUCUGGUUCAAAAGCAGACCCAGAGCCAAGCUUGGGGCCCUUUCGCACAAGGCUUGGUAAGUGGCGGCUUCUCGUGGCCUCGAAUGGGCCGCAACAACGACAAAGCUCAUCCUCCAAUCCACCCAGUCAAUUUUGUGGCUCCUACGGCGCUUAAUCAGCAAGAACAGCGAGUAUAUGAGUUCGUGGUCCGACGUUUCCUUGCCUGCUGCAGCGCAGAUGCUCGUGGCUCUAAGACGGAAGUUAGCAUAUCGUACGGCUCGGAGACGUUCAACGCCUCUGGCCUGACGGUGCUCCAACGGAACUAUCUCGAUGUCUAUCCUUACGAUAAGUGGACCAGCACCCAGGAGUUGCCGAACUUUGAGGAAGGUGAAACGUUUGUACCGACGGAAGCCCAGAUUCACGAAGGUCAGACCAGUCCGCCUGGCUACCUCACCGAGCCGGAACUCAUUGCACUCAUGGACACCAAUGGCAUUGGUACAGACGCAACAAUGGCAGAGCACAUUGCCAAGAUCAAGGAGCGAGAGUAUGUCGGCACAAGGGCUCGGACAAGACAGCCCGGCAACAAUAACGACGCGCCGUCUGAUGUUGAGCCUGACGAUGAUGAUCAGCCAGCUGCGCGUGGUCGUGGUCGUGGGCGCGGAAGGGCUCGGGGCAGAGGUCGAGGUGGUCGUGGCGGAGCCAAUAAUCGUGGAAAUGGGGGCACGAACGGAGUACAAGAGUUCAUUCCCACGACUCUCGGCAUCGCCCUGAUCGAAGGCUUUGAAAACAUGGGUUUCGAUGUCAGUCUUGCAAAGCCAUUCCUUCGCAAGGAGAUGGAACUGAAGAUGAAAGCCAUCUCUGAAGGCCGUAAGACUCGUAACGAAGUUGUCCAAGAGACGGUCGAGCAAUACCGAGCGGUCUACAUGCGGACACAGCAGAGACUGGAAGUGCUUCGGCAGGCGGUGCGAAAGUACGUCCUCGGACAAGAAGCUCCUUGA